GCUGCAACCCGCGCGGGCGGCUGUUUUUGUGAAUGGGGGGUGGAAGCGGCUGAACGUAAACCGGAGGGAAUACAGUGUAACCGAGCGGACAACGGCUAUGGGUGUGGUGGGAGUACAGCUGGUGGUCAGCCUGGUGAUGGCCAGCCUCAUGCAGAGACUCACUCCACACUACUCCAUAGGGCGCUGGCUGAUCUGCAAUGGAAGCCUGCUCCGGUUCAGACAUCCAACAGAUGAUGAGCUCCGAGCAUUGAGUGGGAAACAGAAGCCAAAGAUGAAGAGAGACAGCAGGAGGCAGAAUGGCGUGACUGAACCAAAGCCAGAGACGGUGCCAAAGGACAUCAACUUGCAGCUGGACACCAAGCCCAUCACCACCAUGGAUGCCCUGGUCUUGCGCUAUUUCCUGGAGUAUCAGUGGCUGGUGGAUUUUGUCCUGUACGCUACUUUGGUUUACCUGUUCACGGAGGUUUAUUACUGCCUGGUUAGCGCGGAGACAGAAAUUAAUGUUGGAGUUCUGUGGUGCCUGCUCACGUUGGUCUUUGCAGUUAAAACGCUUGUUACCCUGAUGUCGCAUUACUUCAGGACGGAAGACGGGGGCGAGCGCUCCGUCUGCCUUACCUUCGCCUUCCUCUUCCUCGUCAUCGCGAUGUUGGUCCUCGUCAUCAGUGAGGAUUACCUGGAGUUUGGCCUCGAACCAGGCUUUGACGUCUUCUACGAGAACGUGAGCAAUUUCCUGAGGCAGCAGGGAAUCCAACUCUGGCCGUUCUCGGUCUGCAGGCUGAUAUUCAAGCUCUCUCUGGUGGGGCUCUGCUCGUUCAUAGGAGCCUUCCUGACCUUCCCCGGUCUGCGCUUGGCUCAGACACAAUUGGACGCCCUGAAGCUCACUGCGGACAGACCUCUGAUACAGUUUCUGCUACACAUCAGCUUCCUCUCUCCUGUGCUGGUGCUGCUGCUGUGGGUCAAACCGGUGGCCAGAAACUUUGUCCUCAACGCUCCGCUGGGGAAGGAGAAACUGCCGCUGUUGUCCGACUCCGGGUACAACACAGCCCGGCUGUGGGCCAUCAUGGCCGUCUGCGCCGUCCGGCUGGCAGUCACUCGCUACCACCUCCAGGCCUACCUCAACCUGGCCGACAAGUGGGUGGAUCAGUUGAAGAGGGAGACGGGCCACAUUGCCAUGAUUGACAUACAGCGCAAGGUCACCCGAGUGUUCUGCUACCUGUGUGUGGUCACCCUCCAAUACCUGGGUCCCAUUGUGCUCCUCCUACACUCCACUCUGCUGCUCAAAGUGCUGGGUGACUACUCCUGGGGAGUUUACCCGGAGACUCCAGGAAUCACUGUGGUGCCGGAAAUUGUCACCGCCGCUGGCUCUGACCCCUCGGCUGAUGAAGAGGAGGAUUACCAGGCCACCGUGUCCCACAUCACCGCCAGCCUGGGAGCCCUGCGCAAUGUGCUGACCCCCCUCUUCUAUCGCGGCCUUUUCUCCUUCCUGACCUGGUGGCUGGCAGCCUGCCAGACCAUCAUCAGCCUCUUCGGCCUUUACUUCCACCAAUACCUGAUGGCUUCGUAACCAGAGGACGAGGAGUUGGCGUUAAGCAUGUGGGGAUUAUUGGCGGGAAGGUCCUGUGCUGAGGGUGAAACACAGCCUCACGGAAACCCUCCCCUCCGCCAUCUCGGAUUUGAACAGCGUCUCAACAAAAUGACGGAUUCUCAACGCAGAUCGAACUGUG